AUGGCGACCCAAGUUGGAAAAAACUUUUCAAAAUACUUUGAGAAUUGGAUCAGUCAACUUGAAGAGUUGCUCAAGUUACUCCUCAUAGUCCCGAGAGAAAGCUUAUACGUCAAAGAUCAGGAAUCGUUGGUGAACAAAAUGACAGCACAUCACAAAGAUUACUACACAGCCAAAUGGGCGGCGGCUCAUGAAGAUGUAUUAGCAUUUUUCUCACCAAUGUGGCUCAGCUCGUUGGAAAAUGCUAACUUAUGGGUCACGGGGUGGAAGCCGUCUAUAGCCUUUCGGCUAGUCGGUGUGGCCCUUUCUCAACUGAGCGAUGAGCAGUUGAAAAAUGUUGAUGCAAUGAGGGUGAAGAUUAAGGGAGAGGAAGACAAAGUGGAGAGGGAAAUGGAGAGGAAACAAGUGGCACUAGGGGAUAGAAAGAUGGUGGAGUUGUCAAGGAUGAGAAGGGUUGAUGAUAACAAUGAGUUGGAUAGGCUAGUUGAGUUGGCGUUGAAAGGGUUAAUGAUGAGUUUGGAGAGGGUUAUGAAAAUGGCUGAUUGUGUUAGGCUUAAGACGUUGAAGGGUUUGUUGGAGAUAUUGAGUCCUAUACAGUCUGUGGAUUUGUUGGCUGCUAUUGCUACGCUUCAAAUUCAGAUGAGGAAAAGGGGCAGAAAGAAAAAAGACUCGAAUGUAGUCAAUUAA